GAGGAAAGGUUACCAUGGAGUGGAAACCCAUAAUAUCACACCAUCUAUGUUAGGUAGAACAGAUUUUGUUAAGAAUAUUUUAAAUUAUGAUAUGGGUUACAAAUUCUUAAAACCUAUCAGAGGUACACCUGUCUUUUGGCAAAGCGUUCAGAAAGAUUUGUUUGCUAUGGUGAGACAGCUGGGGAUUCCUACGUGGUUCUGUUCAUUUUCUUCAGCAGAUAUGCGUUGGACACACUUUAUGGAAGCUUUUAUGUGUGCAGACAAUAUUCAGAUCAAUGUAGAUAACUUGGACUGGGCACAAAAAUGUGAUCUACUCAAAAAUAACCCUGUGACAGCAGCAAGAAUGUUUGAUCAUAGGUUCCACUGUUUUUUGAAAGAUGUCCUCAUGUCUCCUUCACAGCCUAUUGGUAAAAUCAUUGACUACUUUUACAGAGUAGAAUUUCAACAGCGUGGUUCCGCCCAUACACACUGUAUUUUCUGGAUUGAAGAUGCCCCUCAAUUAGGGAUAAACACAGACGAGGAAGUUAUUGCUUUUAUUGAUAAAUAUAUUACAUGUGAUCUCCCACCUGAAACUGAUCCUUUGUUCGAGAUUGUGUCCAGUGUUCAAAUGCACAGUAAGAAACACUCUAAAAGUUGCAAAAAACAACAUACCAAAUGCAGAUUUAACUUUCCUCGUCCACCAAGUACCAAGACUUUCAUAUCCAAACCAAUUAAAAAUGUAGUUACAAAACAAAAUGAAGAAAAACCCAAUUCAGGCCCACAGCAACCAGAAAGUGAUAUGAAAAAACCUUCAGAUGAAACACUGGCAAAACAAACGAUGACUAAAGUCAAAGAAGCCUUAUCAAAUGAACACGCAGCAUAUGAAACAACUGAUGAUUUGUUCAAAUCAAUUGGUAUCAAUCAAUCAGUAUUUGAAAAAGCUUAUCAAUUGACUUCAAACAAAACCAGUGUUGUCCAUAAACGAAAUAUUAAAGAUGUUUGGGUUAAUCAAUACAACAAAGAUCUUUUACGGUGUUGGAAUGCAAACAUGGAUUUACAAUUCAUUUGUGACAUAUAUGCUUGUGUGGUGUAUGUCAUUUCUUACAUAUCAAAAGCAGAAAGAGAAAUGGGUUUAUUAUUAAAACAUACUCAGAACGAAAUAAAUCAGAAUGAAAACCUAGAAGCAAAACAGGCACUUAACAAAUUAGGAAGUGUAUUUCUGCACAACAGAGAAGUUUCUGCUCAAGAAAGUGUAUAUCGAGUCACUAAUGAGAUUAAAAGAAGGUUCACGGAAAGUAAUAUUUGUUCCUACAGGAGACAAUAUUGUCAGAAUGAGUCUUCCUCUCAAUGUCAUUCAGAGCAGAACAGAUCAACAAAACUCUAAUGACAAGAUUUGGAUGACAAAUAUUACAGAUCGUUAUAAAAACCGACCAAGAUCAAAGCAGUUUUGGGAUAUGUG